AUGAGCAAACACAUAAUGCGCCCAGUGCAGGCGGGAUAUAUGGCGGGAAUGUCUACCUCGGGCCAGAUUUAUAGGCUUGAAUCAGUGAUAGAACACUGCAGGCUUAGGAAAGAAGGAAUCGUGUGCGCCUUUCUUGACAUAAGCAAAGCAUUCGACACAGUCAAGCAUUCAGACUUAUAUAAGACAAUGGUUGAAAGAGGAAUUGAGAAAGAUAUUGUCAGCAUUGUCGGGGCAAUGUACACAGGGUGCGAGGGCAAGAUAAUUAUUAACGAGAGGUUAUCAUAG